CUGAAAGCGGGACUUGCUGUCGUAAAUGGCCUGUCGCGAAUCGGUGCCGUCGGCUUUUUGGCUAACCAGCUUGUUUGCGGCGUUGUGACAUGGCCUCUGCACCAGCACAGCAGCCCACCCUGACUGUAGAACAGACCAGAGUGGUGCUCAGUGAGGUGAUCCAGGCCUUCUCUGUGCCGGAAAACGCGGUGAGGAUGGAGGAGGCACGGGAAAGCGCGUGCAACGACAUGGGCAAGAUGCUACAGCUGGUGCUCCCCGUGGCCACGCUGAUUCAACAGGAAGUCAUCAAAGCAUACGGCUUCAACAAUGAAGGAGAGGGUGUCCUGAAGUUUGCCAGAUUGGUAAAGAUGUAUGAAAGCCAGGACCCCGAAAUAGCAGCCAUGUCAGCCAAACUAAAGUCCCUCCUCCUGCCGCCUCUGUCAACACCACCCAUAGGGGGCGCCAUUCCAGCCUCAUAAGAAUGAAUUUGAAUUUGUUCAUGAAUCCAAGUUGUCGACAGAAUUAUCACAAAUGUCAUUUUGUCACUUCUUUGAAAGGCUCCAUAGUUACAUUAUGUAGAAAAACUUUGCUGUGUUCCACCAUUGCCAUUUCAUUUUUUUUUUUUCUUUCAAACAAGUAUUUGCUUGUAUUUAUCACAUUUAUGGAACAAUUCCAUGAACUCACAACAUUUUGUAUACUGUUAAUAAAUGUCAUUGUUUUGUA